AUGACUUACACAUCAGAGUCUAAAUUUCCACUUUAAGCAAUUAGUUUACCUAUUUUUACAUCCCAUAAAGCUAUUACAUUUUCAGCUGUUUCAAAACAUCUAUUACCAGAUACUAAGAAAUCUCCUGUUGAUAAUAAAGAUAUAGAUAAAAAAGAGUAAUAUUUUUUAACUAUUUCAGGUUCUCCAUAAUAGAUGUCAUUUUCAUUCUUUGA